AUGUUCUCUACCAAGUUUACUAUCCUGAUCCUAAUUGUUGCUCUUGUCAUCGCGGCUCCAAAUAAUAAGAAUGGACAAAAUGGAGGUCAAAAUGGAGCCCAAGGAAAGGUUUCAACAACUUCGAAUGGAGUCGGAGGUGGUGCUCAGAUUGGACAAGGACUAUCUGGUCAAAUCGGAGGUUUCGGUGGAAACAUGACUAAUGGACAAGGAAACUCGAAUAACCAGGGUGGAGGACAAGGAGGAUUCGGAGGACAACAGAGAAAUAACUGA